CCCAUUCUGACUAACCACGACACGGAGAGGCCAUUGCAAUCCAUCGCCGCCGCCGCCGCCGCCGUCCCCGCCGCCGGGUACGCCAUGCUCCGCCUCCGUGAGUGCGUCGUUUCCCGUCUCCUAUUUUCGCCCUCCACCUCUCCCAUCUGCUCUCUUCGCCGCCUGCUCUCCGCCACCGCGUCGCCCCACAUUUCCCCGAACCCUAGCAGCUUCGCCAUCGAGGAGUACCUCGUCGGCACCUGCGGGCUCACCCGGCCCCAAGCCCUCAAGGCCUCCACCAAGCUCUCCCACCUCAAAUCCCCCACCAAGCCCGACGCCGUCCUCACCUUCCUCGCCGGCCUCGGCCUCUCCGGCGCCGACGUCGCCGCCGUCGUCGGCAAAGACCCGCGGCUCCUAUGCGCCAAAGUGGACCAAACACUGGCCCUUAAGGUCGUCGGGCUUACUGGCCUAGGUCUCUCGCGUCCUGACAUCGCCCGCCUCGUCUCCCUCGCCCCCGAAUGCUUACGCUCCAGAAACAUCGUCUCCAAGCUGCGCUACUACCAGCCCCUCUUCGGCUCCUUCCACAGCUUCCUCCGGCUGCUCAAGCGCUCAUCCCACCUUGUGUCGUCGGACCUCGAUAAGUUGGUCAAGCCCAAUGUUGCCUUCCUGAGGGACUGCGGGCUAGGUGCUUGUGAUAUUGCCAAUCUGUGUAUCGCUGUGCCGAGGAUGCUGACCACCAACCCGGAGCGCAUCGGCGCAAUGGUGGCAUGUGCUGAAAGAUUAGGUGUACCUCGUGGUGCUGGGAUGCUCAGGCAAGCGCUGCAGGCCGUCGCGUUUCUCAGCGAGGAGAAGAUCGCCAGCAAAGUGGAGUAUCUGAAGAAUACAUUCAGGUGGUCUGAUGCCCAAGUGCGCGUUGCUGUGUGUGGCGCUCCGUUUGUGCUGAGGAAGUCCAAGGAAUCUCUGAAGCGUAGGUCUGAGUUCCUAUUCUCUGAGGUGGGACUGGAACCCGUUUACGUUGCUCAUCGACCGAUAAUUCUCUGUCUUAGCCUGGAUGGACGGGUCAGGCCCAGGUACUAUGUUCUGAAGUUCCUCAAGGAAAAUGGAUUAGUAGAUCGCGAGCUGAGCUUCCAUACUGCAGUCAUGAUGACUGAGAAGGUAUUUGUGGAGAAGCUCAUAUGCCCUCACAAGGAAGCCGCACCACACCUUGCUGAAGAUUAUGCAGCAGCUUGCAAAGGGGAAGUGCCUACUAAUUUCAGAUUUACAUGAACAAAAAAGGGCUAUGGAAAUUGGUUACAGCCUAUGGCACAGCAAAGUUAUCACCCUGUCUGUAAGCUGGUACUUCCUGUUUCGGUGUUCUUUGCCUAACAUGAUGUUGGCUGUUUUCUGUAGUAUGUUUAUUGCUAAAUGCUAACUCCCUAUGAAACUGAUAAUUUGUUUCCUGAACCCCUAUUUGUUGAUGUUGUCAUUCCUUAGAUUACAACUCUGUAAAUGAGAAGUUCAUGGAUAUAUUUGUGUUUUCGACUUCCAUUGAAGAUCAUGGAAAUCGGAUGUGUGGUUGGACCAAUUUUAUGAUGACCCCAGCAUUCACGAAACCAGAAACCAAAAGAGUAAUGCGGUGUCGUUUUCCACCAAAAUGUAUCAGUACGAUCUGCUUCCAUGCCAAAAUUUAUUUAUGUUCAUUUACAUUUCCUUGUCUUUUAGGUUCUACUGUAUGUCAAUUAGUACUAACAUUGUUUUAUAUUUAGGUUAGACUUAAGAUACACCGAGACCUUCUACUGGUUGCCCAUUCUAUAACCUAAAGAGUGGCAAAUUGUUGUGAUUUUGUGAUGUAUAUGUGUUCUGGCUGUGUUUAACCCCGCAGCUGUUACCAUACCAUUAUAUACAAACAUUUUUCCUGUUUGAACACAUGAAAGAUCACAGCCAUUUCGAUCUGAAAAAGAAGAGAAAAUUGCAGCAACUACUUGUAUUGUCUAAAAACUGCAAACUGCAGCUGAUGACCGACAAGAUGAGAAAUAGUAUAUAUUCAGCGAACACAGAAUAUAUACCUAGGUGAUGAAUAGUACAUAUUCAGAUAAGAUGGGUAUCGGUACGAAAAAAUCACCCUGCUGUUAAGAUUCAUAAACUUUUCUUAAAAGAGUUUUACUUGAGCAAAAUUAAUAGUUAAGAUAGCUUGAUACUCCCUCCGUCCC